CUCAGCUGCAAACACAGUCAGGCAAACAUACCAAUAGCUAACCAGUGGUAAUCAAAUUAAGCCUUUGCAUUAAAUUGAAGCACAAUGAUUUAAAGUAUUCUGGUUCUUAAUUAUUUUCAAUCUUGGAUGGGUGAACGCCAGAUGAUGAUUUGUCUGCAAGGUCAUUUCCACCUUUAUUGAUGCAGAAUCUUGCCAUUCGAAGGUAAAGCAAGGUAUCACAGAUCCCUACCGGAGCCCGGAAAGUCGACGAGGUGGCGUUCGCAAAGAGGUGGUCUGACCUGUUGGACUUCAUUUGGCUAGACAAGACUUUACUUGUAAACUCUGUAACCCCCACAAAAGUAAACCACUGAUAUCAGCUAUCAAAGACUUCUGCAAGGAGACAACGUGUUGAAAAGGAUUCCAAUGGGGACGAUACCUAAUCCGCAGAGGACUGUAACUGUUCAAAUGGGCACACCCCUGGCAAUAGGAGAUCGCCUGGGGAGCAGGGCGUCUACUGACAACUGGCAAAAACAAACAAGCUCAAAUCUAAACAAGACAUGCACAACCCCAGCUGAUCACAGACAGAGAAAUGUUUGUUUAACUGAGUCAGACAUGACACCGGCUAAUGAGACCCUAGGCUGUGGGAAACAGAGCAGGAUGGAUAUUUGUAAUCCAAAAGGAGAUCAUCGGAAAUCCGAAAUGAUAAUUUCCAAAGAAUGGUGUAACACUGAACGGAACACUGACUGUAACAUAGAAGAAAACAUAAGGGAUAAAAAUGCCAAUCUAACAGUAUUGACAGCCUCUCAGAAGGAGGAAGGUUCUACAGCAAGCCAGUCUGCUCCUUCUUACUUACCAAAGACUGAUUUGCAGGGAAAUGACAAUACAGUGAACAUAAGCAGGGCUGAGAACUCAGCAGUAGAAACCAAAGACCAAAGCUCUAAUAAUGAACCGUCUAAGUCCCUCCUGGAAAAAGGCUAUCUCACUGGCAAUCCAGACAAAGGUCUGAAGGAUAUUUCCUCUGAUUGUCUCCCUACAAAGCCAAGUACCACAAGCCAUGCUGAUGUCUCAGCUGAUGUCAUUGCCUUGUCAUCGCAAUUGACAAAACAAAAAGAUUCUGACAUCACUAAAGUGAAUCCCUCAGUCUCAGUUGCUGAAUCGAAAGCACAGAGCUCUAACAUAGCAAUGGGUAACAAUGUUUCAGUAAAAACUAAAGGUGCCAAAAAGAACCAAGAGGAGACGCCACUAGUGAAACCUCACAAAGAGCUGUCAGUGAGUAAGGCAAUAAAUUCACAAACUGAAGUUCAACAGUCUUCUUUAAAAGGAGCAUUAAACCCUGAGUGCAUUGAAAAGGACUUAAAAGUCCUGAAGGACACAGACCCACAGGAAGGCCUGCCAGAGGAUGUUGCAGCUCCUGGAGGACAACAGAAAGGCUUAAUGCUGGCACAGAUGGCAAACCAGGCAGCACACCCCCAGAGAUUUCUGCCAGAAGCAUCACAAGGCCAAAAAGAGCAACGUAAGAAAUGUAAAGCGGUGGCAACAAUGACAGUUCCGUCUGAAUGCAGUCCCAUUGUUAGAACAAGCUGCCAGGAUGUAGAGGUCCAAGCUGUUCCCAGUGUUCAGUGCAAAUCAACAGCCACUAGUCCGUAUCUUUUUCCACCAAUUGUUCGUCCCAACCAUUGCCGUGAAGGCAACGAUGAUUCUGAUCAUCUAACAAUUGUGUACCAGAUUAAUAAUGGGUUGGAGCCAUCGAAACCUGUUUAUGAAAUCGCCACAGGUGAAGGUCCAUUGAAAGGUCAUAGUGUCAUUCGGGAUGAACUCUUGCAGACACCUCUUACAAAUGCUGUUCAGGCAAGUGUGUGUCACCCACCAGGAAAUCAAUCCAAGACAGCCAAAGUGGAUGCUGAUUUAUCCAAGGCUACCUGUCAAAUAACAGGGAAUACUCACCAUUCUGCAUCAACCACGCAAGGUGAACUUGGACCUGGAACAAAGCCCAAGGAAAACACUCUAGAAUAUAAAUGCAUUGUAAAAGAGGAUGAUUUGCCUUUAAAACCUGUUUACCAAAUAAAUAUAGAGACCCCCAGACAUGCAGACCAUAUUCCCAGUAUUAAGUUACCGAGUGAACCAUCAAAGACUCCUCAGGAAAACCAGAACAAAGCAGACCCUACUGGUAGAGAUCCUGGAGGGAAUUAUAUAUCUUCUGAUGGCCUCCCUACUAAACCAAGUACAACCACCCAUUCUCGCCAUGCCAUUGUUAUGUCCUUGCCUAACCAGGUAACUAAACUAGAUGUAUCCGAUACUAAAUGCUCUCCCGAUACUAAAUGCUCUCCCGAUACUAAAUGCUCUCCCUCUGCACAGGAAACUAAACGUUGCCCUGCAGAAUUAGAUACUUCAAAGCAAGCAGCACUUUCCUCCACUGGGAAAGCUAAUGAAUCUGCCGAGUCAAAAAGAGAUGAUCACAAUACUGUUCUUUCAGCCAAGCCAAAUAUUGUCAUUGAUAGUAAAAAGCAAUUCAGGCAGUCUGAAAAUAAAUCUAAGGUCAGUAGCAAACCAGCACAAGCUCAGAAUCUCAAGGCUAAUUCUAAGCAUUCAGACCACAAAUCUUCUGGGGCAAAAGGAAAUUCAUCUCGUAGAGAAACAAAUUUGGGAAACAAGAAAUUUGAGACAAGCUCUAAAAGCAAACAGCAAAAGAAAUCUAAGGGUGUCCAAGAUGUACUGUGGGAUGAACAAGGAAUGACUUGGGAGGUUUACGGUGCCUCCCUGGACCCUGAAUCUCUGGGAUUUGCCAUCCAGAAUCACCUCCAAUGCAAGAUCAAAGAGCAGGAGAAAAAAAUAACACCACAGACACAGAGCAGAAAGUCCAUUUCUUCAGAGGCUACCCCCAGUAAGAAAAAUAAAAGGAGGCAGAAUGUUUUCAGGUCCGUCCUUCAGAAUGUCCGACAGCCUAACUGCUGUGUGCGCCCACCUCCUUCCUCUGUGAUAGACUGAAAAAAAGCUGUGCUGUGGUCUAAAAUAUCUUUUAUGUUUCCUUCAUCAUCUGCAAGAUAGUCUCCUUUCACAUUGGUUGGAAAUAAACAAGUAAAUGGGUAAAUGGGAAGUACAGUACUUUUGCUUUUACUAAAAUUGGUUAAAAGUGUGAUCUAGCCUGAACUGUUCAAAAUGAACUUCACAGAUAAGCAACUAGAGCAACCAGUUUCUGCAAAAAAUUGUUUGGACUCAAAAAAUGUUUUUUUUAAAGAGAAUUGUAGUAGCUUAGUAUAUUAAAAAAAAAAAAAAAAAAAAAAAAAAAAUAUAAGAGAUAUUAUCGUAGAAAUCCAGAUUGCAAUAAUAAUAUAAAUGAUGUGUACGUAAAUUUGUUCAGCUACUGGGAUAGUGUGUUUCUUGCCAUUUACACAGCCCACCCAUACUCAUACCCCUGACCAUCCCAAGUGAUUUUGGAUGUAUGAUAACUUUUAUGUUACUGGUAAAUAAUAAACCAUUGUAAAUUAUGUGCAUUUGUUUAAAGUUAUUUUUUUAAACAUUUAACACACAUCCUAAUUUGAACAAACCACAAAUACCAUUUCACAUUAAUACUGUGCAUUAACUCAUUUCUGUUGCCUCCAGGUAGAAAUGAUCAUUGUUGGGUUUUUUUUUGGCUAGACAUCUGUGUCCAUACAGACCGCAUCUACUGCAGGUAAAUGGAACUUGUCUGAUAUAUUUCAAUGCCUUUUUUGUUAAUGCUACAUAACAAUCUGACCAAUCCAACACUUGACCUGAUUAAUUCAAAGUGGUUGACUAUAUUUUAACUCCCAAGUUGUGUUUACC